AUGACGGGCGGCAUUCGCGCGAGAGCGCUGGACAAGAUAGCGUCGCUGGCUGCAUCUUCUACCAACACCUCCUUUGACAAGUCUGAUCUCGACAGGCUGUGUCGGGCCUGCAAUGCCGGUGGCCGCAGCCGCGAGUACAACCAUGGCGCAUACAAUUCGAAGCAGGCCGGCUCGCUUGGCCGCAUCCCGAUGUCAAUACGCGAAUUCGAGGUCCUCUUAGCCCUUUGCAAGAAUGCGCCGCAUGUCCUGUCUCCUCAGAGCGCCCAGAAGCUUUCUUACCAGCUCAUCCCGUACAUCCUCGAGGCGCACUCGCAGACCUUUGUUCCCUCGCCCUUCUUUCGCAAAGUCAAACCCUGUCCGACCGAAUCUCUAUCCUUCCACGUAACUGCUGCGCUUCUCGCGCUGGGAAUCAACUACAACGAGUUAAAGGAGACCGUCACGGACGGUAUCUGGGCCUUUACCAAUGCGUGCAGCCGAACUACCGAGAGCGUGCUCUCUCCUCGUACUGGCGACCCCGAGAACCUGAACAUCGACGAAGCUAUCCGAACUCUCAACAUUGCCGUCGCCAUUCUCGGCUUUCUCGAUGCUGCGGCGGCUCAGGCUGAUUUCUGGCGGGCUGGUGGUCGACUGGGUCUGAUCCAAAAGGCCAAGCAAUUGCUAUCAGAGCCAUUCCUGGUUGCUGUUGAGACAGCUUUGUCUACGAUCCGCAAUGCGCAUAGCGACGACCGCGACGUGCGAGAGUGGAAGCGUCAUUUGCGCCACUAUUCCGCCGCUGGUCGUCCGCUCGGCGCCAUGCUCUUGCAACGAAGCUUCAUGUGGCUCGUCCUUUCUAGCACUUCUCUGAUGAUUGCCGAUGGAUCCCAGUUGCGAAAAAAGCAUGUCCUCGACGUGCUCAUGGAAAACGGCGGCAUUCUGCCUCGCGUCGACGGCUUCUCUCCCGAUGCUGACCUGCGAUCCAUUGACCUCCACGCCAACAUCGCUAUUGACCAGAUGAACUACAUUGAAGCGGGCGCUGAUUUUGCUCGUCUCGGCUCCCCUUCUCAACAAAAGCUUGCUUAUGCUGUCAAGUCGGCUGCCAUGAUUUCCUUCUUGAACUGUAGCAUGGUCAACGAAGAUGCUGCCGAGCCUGAGCUCCUGAUGAACUGGCUGCAGCAGACCCUGGACGACCCCCAGCAGAUGAGCGAUGAGACACUUGCUUCGACGACCUUUCGAUGCAUGGCUUUGCUUAGCCGCAUCUCUCCCUCGUUCUCGCAAACUGUGAUCCGGUCGCUACCUCGGUUCAUCGUGCAGGAUGUGACCAACGCCAACACCGGCGCGGUCGCCGCAAGAAGCCUUGCCUUUGUGCUGAAGAAACUGUCCAAAGAUGCCGUAAUUAGCACUCUCUACUCUCUUGGCAAUGUGCUUAGCCCCGAUACUCAGGCGAGACUUGUCAAUGGCCACACCAACGGCUCUGUUGACGGAGAGAAUGGCCUCAAUCCCGUGUACCAGCGCCGCCACUCCAAUGCAAGCACCAUCUCUGUCAAUAUGAGUGGCGAAGAGGAAGCCGCCAUUGUGUAUCGCAACGUCGUGCAAGCCAUUUGCGGCAUUGCGACUGCGUGCGAGGACGAGAAGAUAACUGCUCUUGCACAGUCUAUUCUCCUUCAAAAGCUGGACAAGGUCAACACCAUUGUUGAUGUGCAAGUCAUUUACGGCGCGGCUGACUUGGCUCUCAGUGGUGGCCAGCUCGAGUUCCGGUCUCUCCUUAAAAUGUACAAUCGACUUGGCCACUUUGGUGUCACUGAACAGAAAGAGUUCUAUUCUCAGGCAGUUCUCAAAGGCCGAACGCACAUUUCUGCAAAUCUUCGUCGCGAUUCGCCGCUCUUUGACAUUUACUGGGAGCAUUUGCUCGACAGUAUCAUUGCCCUCGGUGACGCAUACUCUCAAGGCCAGACAAAGCAGGUUGACGUUGACCUGGCUGCCCAGGAGAUUGGAGAACUGCUUCAUCCCCUUGCUGUGCUCAUGUCUGCCAAUGACCUCGCUGCCAGACCCCUGGAAAAUGAUGAGUCCUACGCACUGCUUCGAGAUGCUUGGUUCAACAUUGUUGUACAUGGUUUCUCCACCUCGACGGAACGGGGCAAAAGAUACAUUAACGAGCUACGCAUGAUUGCCAUCCACUCACCGCCGUUGGCCGCUGAACAGCGUGGCGAGCAAGUCGAGAGUGAUAUCGAACUCAACACUGUUUUGCGUCGCGGUAACAGCGGCGAUAGGGAUUCAAUGCAGAAGAAGCUUCUGACUGAGCUCAUUCCAAGCAAAGCCUCGGAUAUCAAGAGCCUCAGCUACCGGAAAGUCAUUUUUCUGCACUCUGCGUAUCUCGUUGAGAUCCUGCGCGCAGAUUCUGGAGACUGUACCAAGGUACUGUCUUACUUUGCUGAGCGUAGCAUGCUGCAGAGAGAGGUCGGCAGUGUCAUGGAGGGCAUUACCAACGCGGUGGUGGAUAAAUAUAUCAAGAAGACCAUCAGUGGGGUUGAGACGGCUUUCUCGGCGCAGUACGCCGCCAAGCAGCUUGCCACAAUCUUCUCUCUGUGCUGCCAUCGUAUCGAGCGUGUUCAGAAAGCCGCCUUUGCAUCGGCCGACAAAAUAGUGCGCGAUGUGCCUUCUUCGCUUUGCUACCGCACCUCGCUCUUUGCUUUGCUCGAACUUCUCUCCCUAAUGUGGUCUAGCUGUCUGGAAGCUGAGACUGACAUGUAUGGGCACCGAUCUACGUUUACGUCGGAGCGUGGCAACGUGACCGUGAGGCUUUCGGAUGACUACGAUUUCCGCAGCUUGACCCUGAAGCACCUGCAUCAGAGAGCUCGUGCCUGGGUUAGUGCUUCGAUCAAUCUUGCGCCACUCGAUGUCAAGGGCUUGCUCCAGACGUACUUGUCCGAAUUUGACGACGAAGGCACCUAUGGCCACAUUUCUCUGGGCCGCUCUUUUGCCCUCGAACUCGGCUCCUCCAUUCCCAAUACCGACAACCGCCUCCAAUCUCUCGACCAAAUCGGCGAGUACGGUAUCAACUCGGCCUCGGAUCUCAUCGCCCAGUACACCACUCGCCAGGAGUAUCGCUAUGGCGAGACGCUUUCCGAUCGCGGCACCGAGCUAAUGAGCUUCGUGCAAAGCAACCGCAGACCUUCAUUCUCCCAGUCGUCAGUGGUGGAGAGCGCCAACGCGGCUACUGCUCUUGCUCAUGUAGAGGCGCGCAUCCUUAGCAAGAAGGCGACCCCCAUCGACGAGGUGCGUGACAUAAUGCGAAGGGCCGCAGGUCUCCUCUGCCGUAGCAAACACGAUGAGUCUGCAGUUGCCCGCUAUCUUGUCAGCAUACCCUUCGCACUCUUCACCAAACAGUCAAUCAAGCUCGGCAGUUCUCUUUGGCUCGGCGUCAUGAAUGAGAAUCCGCGUCUCGAGUCUAAGCUACUCAACGCUAUCGCUCAACAGUGGGAGUUUACCAUUUCCCGCCGUGUUGGUCUCUUUGAUCCCUCGCUGGAACAUCCUGACCCAUUCUUCCUAAAGCAAGAGUUUUCUCCUAGCGACUGGGAAAUGAUCAACCAGCAAAAGCAAAAGGUUCACGACAUGCUCUCCCCUCAUACCCGCUUGCUGCAGUUCUUCAGUAGCCAUUUCAACGCCACUCGCCUGGGCAGCCCAGAUAUUCAAAGAGUCUUUUUGCGUAUGUUGGACCUUACGCUCGCCGCUCUCAAGGACUGCAGCCCACACCCAAUGGCGCGUGAGAUUCGCUUUCAGAUCAUUCUGUUCAGUACAAAGGUUCUGCGGAAUAGCACCACCAUCGGUCCGACCGCUCAAUGGAGGCUCAAGGACCGUAUCCUAUCCGCGGGUCUGAGCUGGUUCCGCCACUCGCCGCGUUGGUCCUUUGGCAGCAACAUGCUCUCUCUCAAGACAGAAAUCCGCCUCCUCUCGGAUGUUCUUGCAUCGUUGAAUCUUGUGGCGCACAUUGGCUCGCACACUGUUGGCAACGUGAUUUCUCUGCAGAGCAAGGACAGCUUGCUGAAGGUUCUCCUCGAAAACGAGCAGUCACGCCUAAUUGUGUGGGCCAACCCUCGCAACCUUUCGGGAACACGUUUUCCCACCCACCACUCGUCCAAGCAUGCCACCGAGAACGCUCUCCUUCCCUUGGUGCGCACAGCUUGGCACCAAGAUCCAUCCAUUGCUGUUGAGCUGGCUACCCGCUUCCAAUAUCCUCGACUUCGCAGUGACGUUCGUCGCUUAAUCCUUGCUUCGCCUGAAAAGGUCAUUGACGAACCUGAAGCGAUUCCGCUCAUGAUUGGCAGUUCGCUCCCGGACGAUGUCAACUCACAGCUCAAGUAUCUCCUUUUCUGGGAGCCUGUCAACCCAAUCACUGCCGUUACUCUUCUCUCGCCUGCGUUCGGAGACCACCCUUUCAUCAUCCAGUACGCCAUGCGGUCGCUGGAGAGCCAUUCUGUAGAUGUCACGUUUUUCUACGUGCCUCAGAUUGUGCAGUCGCUGCGGCAUGAUAAUCUUGGCUACGCCGAGCGUUACAUUCUCGAGACGGCGCAAUUCUCACAGCUCUUUGCCCACCAGAUCAUCUGGAAUAUGAAGGCCAACUCGUACAAGGGUGACGAUGCCGAGGUUCCCGACGAGAUCAAGCCCACGCUCGAUAAUGUCAUGGUCAAGAUGGUGGACAGCUUCAUGCCCGAGGAUCGCACAUUCUACGAGCGCGAGUUCUCCUUCUUUGACGAAGUCACUGGCAUUUCUGGCAAGCUCAAGCCGUACAUUAAGCGGCCCAAGCCUGAGAAGAAGCAGAAGAUUGAGGAGGAGCUGAUGAAGAUCAAGGUUGAAGUCGGCGUAUACCUGCCCAGUAACCCCGAAGGCGUGGUCAUUGGCAUUGAUCGCAAGUCGGGCAAGCCGCUGCAGAGUCACGCCAAGGCCCCCUACAUGGCGACGUUUCGAGUCCGCAAGAACAGGCACGCCGGCGACAUUCCCCUCGAGGACGUCGAAGACAAGCAAGUGGUCAAGCAACAGCCACCGACGAAGCAACAAGCCGUUGAACCGCAGGACAACUACAUUGAAGUGUGGCAGUCGGCCAUUUUCAAGGUCGGCGACGAUGUGCGCCAAGAUGUGCUCGCGCUGCAGAUGAUUUCCGCCUUUCGGAGCAUCUUCCACAAUGUCGGGCUCGACGUGUACGUGUUUCCGAACCGGGUGACGGCGACGGGCCCCGGAUGCGGUGUGAUUGACGUGCUGCCCAAUUCCAUCUCGCGCGACAUGGUGGGCCGCGAGGCCGUCAACGGGCUGUACGAGUACUUUAGAGCCAAGUACGGCAACGAGGACUCGCUGCGGUUCCAGGCCGCGCGCAGCAACUUUGUCAAGUCCAUGGCGGCCUACUCUGUCAUUUCCUUUUUACUGCAGUUCAAGGACCGCCACAACGGCAACAUUAUGAUUGACGACGCCGGCCACAUCCUGCACAUUGACUUUGGCUUCUGCUUCGACAUUGCGCCCGGCGGCAUCAAGUUUGAGCGCGCCCCGUUCAAGCUGACGAGCGAAAUGGUGGCCGUCAUGGGCGGCGCCACCGACCACCAGAGCUUUCAGCAGUUUGAGGAGCUCUGCGUAAAGGCGUUUCUGGCCGCCCGCCAGUACCGCGACAAGCUCGCGCAGGUGGUCCAGCUCAUGAUGGACAGCGGCCUGCCGUGCUUCAAGCCCGAGUCGGUCAAGCACUUCAAGGAUCGCUUCGUCCUGGACAAGACGGAGCGCGAGGCGGCGGAUUUCAUGCGCGACCUGGUCAAGAAGUCGCACUCGAGCUAUAGUACCGGCAUCUAUGACCAGUUCCAGCUCCUGACAAACGGCAUUCCUUACUAG